UGUACUGUGUAUACUUUUCACGUGUGGUAGAGUGGUAAACCAAAAGUUUUAUAAAAUUAAGAUAAAAUGUUUUAUUUAAUUGGAUUAGGACUAGGGGAUGCUAAAGAUAUUACUGUCCGAGGUUUAGAAAUUGUAAAAAGAUGUGAUAAAGUAUUCCUUGAAAGUUAUACCUCAAUACUUACUGUAGGAAAAGAAGGUUUGGAGGAGUUUUAUGGAAGGCAGCUAAUAUUAGCUGAUCGAGAACUGUGUGAGAGCAGCAUUGAUGAGAUACUGAGGGAAGCAAAAACAUCUGAAAUAGCUUUAUUAGUGGUUGGAGAUCCUCUAGGAGCUACGACACAUACUGAUAUGCUACUACGAGCUAAGGACUUUGGGGUUGAGACUCAGAUAGUUCAUAAUGCAUCUAUAAUGAAUGCAGUAAGCUGCUGUGGACUGCAGCUCUACAACUACGGAGAGACAGUUUCUAUUCCAUACUGGACAGACACUUGGAAACCUGAUAGCUUCUUUGAGAAAAUUAUAGGAAACUACUCCAGAAACUUGCAUACUUUAUGCUUAUUGGAUAUCAAAGUAAAGGAACCAACUGAAGAAUCCCUAUGUAAGAAAGUCCGCCAGUAUAUGGAUCCUAAGUUUAUGAGUGUGAAAGAGGCGGCAUCUCAGCUAUUGCAGAUUAUUGGAAAUAAGCCUGAUGCAGGUCUUAGUAAAUCAAGUUUAGCUGUUGGUCUAUCAAGAGUUGGGUCCCCUGAACAGAGGAUAGCUGUGAAGACAUUGGAGGACAUGCAGAGCUUCGACCUCGGUGCUCCGCUGCACAGCCUGGUCAUACCCGCCCCCAACAUACACCCAUUAGAAAUGGACUACUUAGCUCAAUUCAGAUAAUAUCAAGAUUUAAAUUGAAUUACAUUAUGUAUAUUGUAA